AUGACAAUACUGAAGACCUUUUUACUAGAAGUAAAGUAAUAAAAGCAAAGAGAUGAAUAUCUAAAUAUUAAAUAGGAUGUUUUGUAAGAUUGUGAUCUAAUCGAUAAAUUGAGAAGAGAUUCAGUAAAGUUUAUUGAAAUUUUAGAGUAUGAGAUAAGAAAAACAAUAUCCUUCUCUAAAUUUAGAUACAUAGAUGUAAUAAAGAAAUAUGAUAAAUUAAAAGAAUAAAUUAUAGGGAUGUAGUAAGAAUGGAUUUCAUUACCAAAAUUAUUUAAUUAACCUACACUAGCAAUAACAUGGAACAUAAAAUCAAUGACAGAAGCAGAAAAACAUUAAUUAAAGUUAAUUAAAUAAAAUAAGCCUAAACAUAAAGAAUACAGAAGAAAAUGUGAGGAAUUGUUAGAUAGUAUGUUUAGAUUUUAUGUGGAAGUAUAAUAGUUAUAAUCAUUCUUAAAUAUAAAUUAUGAAGCUACUAGAAAAAUAAUUAAAAAGUUUAAAAAAUAAGAGAUAAGAGGAAUAAUGGAGGUAAAUGAGAACAUUUUUUAAAAAGUUAUUGAAUUUUAAAAUGAAAUUCAUGAAUUACCUAAAAGAUUAAAAAUGAUAAAGGACGAAACAGAAUCAAUAAUUAUUUAAAAUUUCUAUAAACAUGAUAAGUAAAAAUUAUUAUAAAAUUUAUAGUCCAAAAAAGUGUCGAGAAUUUUUGAGAAGAUAUACAGAACAAAAUCAAUUAUCAAAUGAAAGUAUAUUUUAUUUUGGAUUUUUUGCUGGAUUUGCUGCUUUAAUGAUUAUAAUUCUUUUAUUAAUGAGAUAUGAUGGAUAUUUGGAUCCAAACUCUGAUAAAGUUUUUAAUAAAGUUUUUCCUUGUUUCAGAGGAGUUGCAUUAUUUAUAUUUUACUUUUGGAUGAUAUCUCUUGAUGUAGCAGGAUGGAAUUACUUUAAUGUUAAUUAUAAGCUAUAUUUGGGAUUCAAUCAUCAUUAUUCAACAUUAUCUGAAAUAUUAAAAAGAGUUACUAUUUUUAGUACAAUUUAUUUAUUAAUAUUCAUAAUUUAUUGUGUUUAAGAAGAAGAUAUUGGAAAAUUAGCUUAAGAAUUAUAAGUUUUUGAUGUAAGACUAUAUCCUCUAAUAAUAUGGGUAUGCUUGUUGAUAUAUGUUUUUUAUCCAUUUAAAAAGAUAUUUAAUCCAGAAGGAAAGAAAUAUAUGUUCUAAAUGUUUUAUGGAAUGAUAUGGGGAUUUAUAUUUAAUUAUGAAUCAAGAUAUACAUUUAUGGCAGAUUAAUUCGCAUCNGAUACAUAGAUGUAAUAAAGAAAUAUGAUAAAUUAAAAGAAUAAAUUAUAGGGAUGUAGUAAGAAUGGAUUUCAUUACCAAAAUUAUUUAAUUAACCUACACUAGCAAUAACAUGGAACAUAAAAUCAAUGACAGAAGCAGAAAAACAUUAAUUAAAGUUAAUUAAAUAAAAUAAGCCUAAACAUAAAGAAUACAGAAGAAAAUGUGAGGAAUUGUUAGAUAGUAUGUUUAGAUUUUAUGUGGAAGUAUAAUAGUUAUAAUCAUUCUUAAAUAUAAAUUAUGAAGCUACUAGAAAAAUAAUUAAAAAGUUUAAAAAAUAAGAGAUAAGAGGAAUAAUGGAGGUAAAUGAGAACAUUUUUUAAAAAGUUAUUGAAUUUUAAAAUGAAAUUCAUGAAUUACCUAAAAGAUUAAAAAUGAUAAAGGACGAAACAGAAUCAAUAAUUAUUUAAAAUUUCUAUAAACAUGAUAAGUAAAAAUUAUUAUAAAAUUUAUAGUCCAAAAAAGUGUCGAGAAUUUUUGAGAAGAUAUACAGAACAAAAUCAAUUAUCAAAUGAAAGUAUAUUUUAUUUUGGAUUUUUUGCUGGAUUUGCUGCUUUAAUGAUUAUAAUUCUUUUAUUAAUGAGAUAUGAUGGAUAUUUGGAUCCAAACUCUGAUAAAGUUUUUAAUAAAGUUUUUCCUUGUUUCAGAGGAGUUGCAUUAUUUAUAUUUUACUUUUGGAUGAUAUCUCUUGAUGUAGCAGGAUGGAAUUACUUUAAUGUUAAUUAUAAGCUAUAUUUGGGAUUCAAUCAUCAUUAUUCAACAUUAUCUGAAAUAUUAAAAAGAGUUACUAUUUUUAGUACAAUUUAUUUAUUAAUAUUCAUAAUUUAUUGUGUUUAAGAAGAAGAUAUUGGAAAAUUAGCUUAAGAAUUAUAAGUUUUUGAUGUAAGACUAUAUCCUCUAAUAAUAUGGGUAUGCUUGUUGAUAUAUGUUUUUUAUCCAUUUAAAAAGAUAUUUAAUCCAGAAGGAAAGAAAUAUAUGUUCUAAAUGUUUUAUGGAAUGAUAUGGGGAUUUAUAUUUAAUUAUGAAUCAAGAUAUACAUUUAUGGCAGAUUAAUUCGCAUCAUUUACUACUCCAAUCAGAGAUUUAGACUAUACAAUCUGUUAUUAUUAUUAUAUUGUAAAUUAUCAUUUUAUUUUAGAUAUUCAAAGGUUAUGAACAUGAUGGAUAAUGUGAACCUAGGACAAGAUUUACUAGUGCACUUCCAGCAACAGUUCCUUAUUUAAUUAAAUGUGCUCACUAUAUAGUUAGAGCAAAAGUUAAAGGUAAAUUAUUUGGAACAGAUGAAUGGUAUAACUUUUUAAAGACUGCAAAUGCUGCAUAAGUUGGAGUCUGGUCAUUUUUGGCUAGAAGAAAUCCUGAUGUUACUGAAUUUAGAAUCAUUUGGAUAAUUGUAGCUAUAAUAAGUACAUUUUGGCAAUAUUAUUGGGAUUUAGCUAAAGAUUUUUUAUUUUUUGAAAAAGAUUCAAAAUAUAAAUUCCUUAGAAAUGAUUUAGGAUAUAAUAGUCCAACAAUAUAUUAUAUUUUUGCUGGUGUAAAUUUAAUAUUAAGAUGUACUUGGGUGUUAUCAUUAUCACCAGAUAUUUGUAAAUUAUUUGGUAUCAAGAAUGAAUUAUUUAUUUUAUUGGUUGGAUUUUUGGAAAUGAGUAGAAGAUUCCUUAAUAAUUUUUUAAAAGUUGAAAAAGAACAUAUUGUUAAUUUACGUUCAUUGAAGGUUGUAUAAGAUCUAAAGUAUCCAUUUUAAGUUCAUAAGGAAUUAGUUGAAUUUAAUAAUCGUGAUCAUUGGUCUGUUUCUUCAUUUCUAUAACCUAACUCAGGAUUUCAAUCUUUAAAAGAUGAUGUAGAAUUUGAAAAUAGGCCAAGUUUUGUUUAAAUAUUCAAAGGACUAACUUAAUAGAUUGAUUAAGCAAGAUAACCACCACAGAAUAGUAAUAAUGAAUAAAGAAUCUCAUAAUAUACAUAAAAUAUCAAUAGAGUUACAAAUGUGAAACUACCACUUAAAAAAUCUGAAAGCAAAUAAGAAAUUUAUUUAGAGUAUCAAUAGAGAGAAUCAAGAUAUUCAAAUGGAACAUAAUUUUUAAAGAUACCUCUUAUGAAAAAUGUUAGUUAACUUAAUUAUUAAUCUGUAUAAUCUUCUUAUAAUGAUAAUUUAUCAGAUGUUGAAGAUAAAAAUAAUGCUGAUUAAGAGAGAGACACAUUACAUGAUAUAAGAUUGGCAACAGAAGAAAAUUAAAUAAUUGAAAAAGGUAAAAAGAAAGAAAGUUUAGAGAGAUAAUGGAUUAAAGAGUUAAAAUAAGAAAAUAAAAAAUACAAAAAAUUAAUUUAUAAAAGAUAUGAAAUAUUUAGAGUGUAAAAAACAACUGAAUGA